UGUCGUCAUAUCACAUGUAACAGUUAUAACAGACCAAUGUCAACCUGUUCAGACUGAAGAUGAUGUAGAUGAGGAUGGAUGAUGUCAGAAUGAGUGAGGGAAGUAAGAGAGAGAGAGAGAGAGAUUGGGAGUGAGGAGGAGCAGGGGGUAGGUGAGACGACACAGAGACACACAAAUAAAUAAGCUACACAAGCAGAGCUCUGCUCAGGAAGCUGUGAGUACUCAGCAGCUUCUCUUCUCUGAUGAUGGAGGCCCUGGAGGAUCCUGAACUCUGCUUUCCACAUCUCCUCAAUGCCUCCUGCGAGAAACAUGCUCGUCCUCACUUUGAGGCAAUGCUCAUUUAUGUUCUAGUUUCGUGCAUCUCUCUACUCACUGCGAGUCUCAACCUGCUGGUCAUCGUCUCCAUCUCCCACUUCAGGCAGCUCCACACUUCCACCAACCUCCUCCUCCUCUCUCUGGCUGUGUCUGAUUUCAUUGUUGGUCUCAUCGUGAUGCCGUUUCAGAUCCUAUUCACAGAACCCUGCUGGUUUCUAGGUGACUUGGUGUGCACUUUAUACUUCUUUGUACCAUACAUCUCUAUUUAUUCUUCAGUAACAAAUAUGGUGUUGAUCUCAGUCGACCGUUAUGUGGCCAUCUGUGACCCUCUGAGCUACGCCACAAAAUUUUCUCAAAAAACAGUUAAGCUCUGUGUCCUGCUGUGUUGGCUUUAUUGUGUUGUGUACAGUUUCAUGGUUUUAUUUGACAACCUAAAGCAACCAGGCAGGUUCAACUCCUGCUAUGGAGAAUGUGUAAUUAAUGUAAAUGGAGCAGUUGACCUGGUUCUAAGCUUCAUCGUCCCCAUCUCAGCCAUCAUCAUCCUGUAUGUGAGGGUGUUUGUGGUGGUUGUGUCUCAGGCUCGUUCCAUGCGCUCCCAUGUUGCAGCUGUUAAACUGCAGCGUUCACUGACUGUGACUGUGAGGAAAUCAGAGAUUAAAGCAGCAAAGACUCUUGGUGUGACAGUUGUGGUGUUUCUCAUUUGUUAUAUUCCUUAUUACUGCGCAUCCCUUUCUGGAUACCACGUCACAAUCGGUACUUCAACUAAUGAAUUCUUACAUUUUCUUCUUUUGUCAAACUCUUGUCUGAACCCUGUGAUUUAUACUUUUCUCUAUCCCUGGUUCAGAAAAUCUGUUAAACUCAUAGUUACUUUACAGAUACUGCAGCCUAAAUCCAGUGAGGCUUGUGUAAAGUAGAAUCACUGGGUUUUAUAUACAGCAAUUGUUCUUAAUUGAGGUUUUAAACUUAUAACUCUGACUCAACAGUAAGUGUAAAUGUAAUGUAAAUAGCCUAAUGGUGUUUAUUGUUAUGCUCUAAAUGCAGUGUGUAGCAAACAGUAAAGAAAUAGUGGUUUUCUGCAGGGG